AACAAUAUAUGUGAGAUUCAAGAGAAGACUGUCAUUAAAAUUGGAAUUCAAGAAAAAUUGAUAAAUGAAUCAUAGAAAGAUGAAAAAUCGAUUUAAUAAGAAAAGAGAUAUCAGUAGGUUUAAUCUUUUGAGUAUUCUUUAGAAAAGCAAUUAGAAUGGGGAAUCCUUAUAAAGGAUGUCCUAAAGAGAGAUCAACUAAUAAGAAUAGCAAAUUUCUUAUCGUCGAAGAUCAAGAAAUAGAAUAAUUAAAAAAAACCUUUGAAGUAGUUGCCUAGAACAUAUAUAACAAUUGCAGUGUCAAUUUCUUUAGAUUAGGAGAUAAGAAGGUAAGUAUUCCAAAUGCAACUGCAUUAUUGGUAAUUGUUUAAAGUACGAAGUUUAUGAGCAAUAAUCAGAUGAUCCAAUUGUAGUAGGUGAUUGUACUUUUAGUAGAGGAUGAAUACAGUUUGAAUGGAUUAUUUAAUAGUGAUUAACAAGACGAUAAUGUUCUUAAAAACAUUAGUUUAGAUUAUGUAUUUAAAAUCUGGUUGAUAUAUAAUUAUAAUAAUGAUAAAAAUUGCACCUUCUAUUUUGACAUGUGAU